AUGGGCAAUAGCUCAUCGCGAUCACAAAACGUUGCGAGUGCUCCAGUUAUUGAAAAAACCCUACCUUCAUCGAAGACCAUGAUUGAUGUUUCUCAACUACAAACAAUGAGUUCAGGUGAUAACUGUGGCUUAGCUCGCUCGAAUUCUGACACGCAGCUUAACACUAGUAAACAAGGUAGUCAAGGAAAAUCUUACCAGCGUGCUCUUGAAUGGGGCCGAGACGAACACUUCUUCAAGCUGGCGCAUACCUUCCACACCAAUAACUACUAA